CUGGGAAUGGCUAUUUAGACAUACUAAUACGGAAUCUAGAAUUCUGUGUACAUUGUACAGUUGUAUACGAUAAAAAUAAACAACAACAGAAAAGGGCUCUCUACAGAGUGUGACUUAGUGGAAGUUCUGUAGAAGGAAGGCAGGACUCAAAAAGGAAAUUGACACUUCUCAAAUGUAUAUAUAAACACAUGCAUGGACACUCAAAAAGUCACUCACGUCUGAAAAAAUAUAUAUUCUGUUUGGGGUUAAAAUGGCUACUCGUCCUAACAAAAGUUUGACCUACCCUGUGCCGGCCGCCAUGGCCAAGGCACACUGUAAUAGCGUCGAACAAUAUGAUGAGAUGAUGAAGGAAUCGCUGGAGAACCCUGGAAAAUUCUGGGGCGGAAUUGCGUCGGAGUUCAAAUGGAACAAGAAAUGGGAUACAGACUUGAGCUACAAUUUCCAUCGCUCCAAAGGAAAGGUUGAGAUCAAGUGGUUCGAAGGAGGUGAAACCAAUGUCUGCUACAAUGCUAUCGAUCGCCACAUCGAGGCGGGCAAGGGCGACAAAAUCGCCUUCUACUGGGAGGGCAACGAACCAACAGCAGAUGGUUCUAUGACAUACCAACAACUGCACGAUCGAGUCUGCCAAAUGUCCAAUGUUCUCAAAUCAUGUGGUGUGACCAAAGGAAAGGUUGUGGCUCUGUACAUGCCCAUGAUCCUCGAGCUACCCAUUGCCAUGUUGGCUUGUGCUAGAGUGGGCGCUCUACACACCGUUAUCUUCGGUGGAUUUUCGUCCAAGUCGCUAUCGGAUCGUAUGUUCGAUGCCAAAGCAGAUCUGCUUAUUACUGCAUCGGGUGUAUAUCGAGGCAAGAAGUUCAUCGACCUGCUUGCCAUCUCUAAGGAGGGUGUGGAGAUGACCGCUGAGCUGGGUCACGAAGUUCCCAACGUAUGCGUAGUUCAAUGGACUGACGUUAAAGCGGAUAUGCCAGAACAAGAUUCGUACUGGCUGCUCGAGGAUAAGAUCGCGUCCGCAUCGACUGAAUGUGAGGUUGAGUGGGUGGAUGCGGAACAUCCUCUGUUCUUGCUGUACACGAGUGGUUCCACCGGAACGCCCAAGGGAGUCGUGCACACGACCGGUGGCUACAUGGUGUACGCUUACACCACAUUCAAGUACGUGUUUGAUUACCAGGAGAAUGAUGUAUUCUGGUGCACGGCCGAUUGUGGAUGGAUCACAGGCCACUCGUACAUCACGUACGGACCCUUGUUCGCCGGAAGCACCAGUAUUGUAUUCGAGGGAAUUCCCACUUAUCCUGACGUGGGACGUUUCUGGGAAGUCUGUGAGAAGUACAAGGUGACUCAGUUCUACACGGCCCCGACAGCUAUAAGAGCCCUCAAGCGAUACGGUGACGAGGCGGUGCUUAAGUACGAUCUCUCAAGCUUGCGAGUGCUUGGAUCAGUGGGAGAGCCUAUCAAUCCGGAAGCUUGGGAGUGGUACUACCGUGUAGUAGGCCAAGAGAAGUGUGCCAUCGUAGACACUUACUGGCAAACCGAGACUGGCGGACACGUGCUGACUCCCCUCCCUGGAGUGAAACCAACCAAACCAGGAUCUUGCUCAGGCCCAUUCUUCGGCGUGGACAUGAAUAUCCUAGACAAUGAGGGAAAAGCGGUGGAAGGUCCCGGAGAAGGAUUCCUGGCUAUUUCGAGACCAUGGCCUGGAAUGAUGCGAACCGUCUUCAACAACCACGAGAGAUUCGAAGCUACAUACUUCUCACAGUUCGAUGGCUUCUACUGUACCGGUGACGGCGGCAUUAGAGACGAGGACGGUUACAUGUGGAUUACUGGCCGAGUGGAUGAUGUAAUGUGCAUUUCUGGACAUCGCAUCGGAACGGCUGAGGUCGAAGCAGCUAUGGGCAAGCACGAAGGCAUUGCGGAAUCUGCUGCUAUCCAGAUCCCCCACGAUAUCAAGGGUAACUCUAUCUACACCUUUGUGGUCUUGCGUCCGGGCUACGAGAUGACCAAGGAACUGAAGAAGGAGCUCGUACAAAUUGUGCGUGCAGAAGUAGGCGCUUUCGCUGCACCGGACAAAAUCAAGGAAGCUGAAGGUCUCCCGAAGACACGCAGUGGUAAGAUCAUGCGAAGAAUCUUGAGAAAGAUCGCCACCAAAGACUUCGACACCUUGGGCGAUACCUCAACGCUAGCUGACUCAUCUGUUGUUGAUCAGCUCAUCAAGAAUGCGAACAUAGAAGACUAGUCGUCGUCACCCCCAUCCCCACGAGCUGACUCAUCUGUAGUUGAGUAGCCAAACAGGAAUCUGGACAUCGAAUACUAGUUGCAUUCACCCCCUUACCCCCCCCCACCUUUCAAUAAGUAAAUUACGUUGUACAUAGUAGUAAUAAAUAUAUGAGAAGCCUUGAGAAAAAAAAAUCUCGGGGUUGAUAACAACA